UUGCCGCUGUCUGUGUGAACUCCCUUUGUGCUCGGUAUCCUGUGCACACACCUUUGGAGGGAGGGCGCCAUGGGUCUGGUUUCCAAUUCCGGCAUACGAGUGGAAUGGAUCGCAGCAGUUACUGUGGCCGCUGAGACAGCUGCAAUUGGUUACCUAGCUUACAAAAAAUUUUAUGUCAAAGAUCAUUGCCACAAGGCCAUGGUAAAUCUUCACAUCCAGAAAGACAACCCCAAAGUAGUUCAUGCUUUUGACAUGGAGGAUUUGGGGGAUAAAGCUGUGUACUGCCAUUGCUGGAGAUCCAAAAAGUUCCCUUUCUGUGAUGGGGCACAUAUAAAACACAAUGAAGAGACUGGAGACAAUGUGGGACCUCUGAUCAUCAAGAAAAAAGAAGCUUAAGGACAU